CUCCAUCGAAUUCAACAUUGUACUGUACACCUUCAUCGUCCAUUAUUGCGGCGACUUCUCACAUAUCUCAACAAGUCGUCGUCACGAGUACAUGAUGCGCUUUCUUGGCAUUGUCUCUGCCGCAGUGGCAUUCGUCGUCCUUGCGACACUCCCUUCGACGGACGCGCAUGCCUCCCACGCCGCGCAUGCUGCGCAGGCCACGGCCGCUGCAGGCAUCCACGACGACAAGCACUGCCCCCUUUGCAAUAUGUACGUUAAGGACGACAACUUGACGUGGUUCACGGAACUCAAGAACGGUCAGCGCAUCUAUACAUGUGGCAUGACGAACGGCACACAGUUCUCGCGCGGCAAAAACUCGUUCUCGCAUCCGUCGUUGGUCGGCGCCACCUUGGGAUCGUUGAUCGUCCCUGACGGCACUGGAUGCAAUGCCACAUGCCCAGAAUGCGACGACCCCACGACGCCAGUGCUGGACCCCAUCACGGGCACCAAGAUCACGUCGGCCAAGUUUACGUACCUGUGCCUAAAGAAAGGCCAAAAGAUCUACUUUGAGUCGGACACUUCCAAAGCCACGUUUACGAGCGGCGCCUUGUCCAAAUCGUACUUUGGGGUCAACACGCUUACGUGCAACGGCGUGGCCUGCCCCGACAGCUUCCAAGAAGUUCCUGUCGUUGUGGACACUCCCGCCCCCACGUCGCUUCGCGGCAGCACUGGCCAGGGAAGCAACGGCGAGCCGUUCUGCUCGGGGUCGUCCGCCAUGUUCUCGGGCUUCCAAACCACAGUCCAUGGCACAUGCGUCAAGCUCCUUUUCCAGCCCUGGGUGCUCAAUAGCCAGCUCAAAUACGCGCUCGGCUUUAUCGGCGUGUUUUUGCUGCCGCUCCUGAACGAAGGGCUGGUGCACACCCGUGAAAGCCUUCGCCAGAGCUUUCGCCAACGGCCCACCACAAGUACGUCCACGAAACGACUGCACAAACUGACGUUGACGGUGCUGUACAUGGGCCAAAUGACGUUGGCGUACUUUGCCAUGCUUGUGGUCAUGAUCUACGAUACGGGGCUGUUUGUAUCGCUCAUUUUUGGCUUUGGCGUGGGCUACAUGUGGUUCAAGGAGAGCAAACGCACCAAGGACGUUGCCGUCACCAAGCCCAGCAAGACGUCCGAUCCAGCGGCGGGCGGCGGGCCCGUGGCGCCGUGGCGCUUCCAACGCCUGGAGGACCUAUUUGUGCUGUAUGUGCCCCAGAUGAAGUGCAUGGCCAACUGCGGGUCGACGGUCCAGCGCGCCCUCGAAGGAAUUGACGGAGUGGACCAAGUGUACGUGGACAUGAACGACAAAUGCGUGUACGUGCUGGCGUCCACUUCCGACGCAAGGGGAGUACUCGUUGAUGCCGUCGACGCCGUUGGUUUCCACGCCACCGUCUUGCGUGCCCCAAAUUAGUUAAUUCCGCACGACGGGAUGAUUAACACAACCAACUAACUAUAUGUACAUACUAUGCAUGAUCCUGAACUUCA